GAGAGUGGUGCGCGAGUAAGCCAUUAUCAAAACGCACAAAAACUCACACACUCGACGCUUCUCUCCCUUUUUCUCGAUUUCUCCUUUGAAAAAGGGUUGAAUGCUCAAUUCCGAUUCGAAAAUUAAAAGGUUCUCUUCCUAUUUUCAAGCUCCCAAUUAGGGUUCUUACUUUCUCAAAGGUUUGAGGUGGUUAAUUUUAAGAUACUUUGUGGUGGAAAAAAGUUGAGAGAAAGCUAUGAUACUAUACUUAAGCAUUAGCUAAUAAGAAUGCCGGGCAUUCCUUUAGUGGCUCGUGAAACCGCCUCCUAUUCAAGAAGCACAGAUCAGAUGUGCCGAGAAGAUUCCCGCCUGCAUUUAUCUGCAGAAGAGGAACUUGCUGCUGAAGAGAGUCUAUCUAUUUAUUGCAAGCCUGUAGAACUCUAUAACAUUCUUCAAAGACGUGCUGUGAGAAAUCCAUCAUUUCUUCAAAGAUGUCUGCGUUACAAAAUUCUGGCAAAACACAAAAUGAGAAUACAAAUGACAGUGUCCGUGUCAGGGAUUGUGAAUGGAGGUGUACUGACUCAAAGUCUUUUUCCUCUAUACAUCCUGUUGGCGAGACUAGUUUCUGAUGUUGCGGUUGCAGAGUAUUCUGCAGUUUAUCGUUUCCGUCGGGCAUGUAUCUUGACUAGCUUCACUGGCAUUGAGGGCAGUAAUCAAGCUCAAGCUAAUUUUAUUCUCCCUGAGAUUAAUAAGCUAGCUAUAGAGGCCAAAUCUGGCUCACUUGCCAUUUUGCUUGUCAGCUUUGCAAAUGGUGGAGGAUGCUGCCUAUGGGGUAGGAUACCGUUGGAAUCACUAUAUAUGUCAUUGGAGAAAUCCCCUAACUUGAGUUUGGGACAAAGAGCUGAGAUGACAUUGCCCGUUGAGAUGCAUUCUUGCUCAUUGAAGUUGAAUUGUUUGAAUGAGGACAAAUGCAUCUUAAUCCAAAAUUCCAGCAAUUCUUUAUCCAUGAACCAAUCACUGCAGCUGCAGGUCAUCAUUUCUGCUGAGGAGGCUGGGGCAAAGGAAAAAUCUCCCUAUAACUCAUACACAUGCAGUGGCAUUUCUUCUUCAUCACUGUCUCAUAUUAUUCGGUUGAGAGCGGGGAAUGUCAUCUUUAAUUACAGAUAUUACAACAACAAGUUACAGAGGACUGAAGUAACUGAAGACUUCUCAUGCCCUUUCUGCUUGGUAAAAUGUGCAAGCUUUAAGGGUCUGAGGCAUCACUUGCCAGCAUCCCAUGAUCUCUUUCACUUUGAAUUUUGGGUAACUGAAGAGUAUCAAGCUGUCAAUGUGUCAGUCAAAACUGACAUUUGGAGAUCUGAGAUUGUUGCAGAUGGUGUUGAUCCUAAACAACAAACUUUCUUCUUUUGCUCAAAGCAAUUAAGGCGUAGACGACCAAAGAGCCUAGUUGCAAGGCAUGUGAAUCCCGUUUUCUUAGAACCAAAUCUGCCAGCUGGAGACUGUGAGCUUCUUGACAAGGUUCAUGGUGGAAACAUUUUACAAAAUGCUAGAAUUGGUGAGGUGGAGUGUGUGCAACAUGUUCCAUCCAGUUUCAAUGUUGCAGGGGUUUCAGGUGCUGCAGGACAAUCUUAUUCUGAUUCUGAACGUGUUCAAUCAGUGUCUGGAAACAAUCUUGGGCCCCCUGCCUUGUUGCAAUUUGCAAAGACAAGAAAAUUAUCAAUGGAACGUUCUGAUCCAAGAAACCGUACACUCCUUCAGAAGCGACAGUUUUUCCACUCACAUAGAGCACAGCCAAUGGCAAUAGAUCAAGUAAUGUCUGACAGAGACAGCGAGGAUGAGGUUGAUGAUGAUGUUGCAGAUUUUGAAGAUCGAAGGAUGCUUGAUGAUUUCGUAGAUGUAACCAAAGAUGAGAAGCAAAUAAUGCAUUUGUGGAACUCUUUUGUGAGGAAGCAAAGGGUGUUGGCAGACGGUCACAUUUCAUGGGCAUGUGAAGCAUUUUCAAAAUUACAUGGGCGUGACCUUGUCAAAGCCCCAGCUCUCAUCUGGUGUUGGAGAUUAUUCAUGAUCAAGCUGUGGAAUCACGGCCUGCUUGAUGCGCGAACCAUGAAUAAUUGUAAUAUUAUUCUGGAACAAUACCAAAAGCAGGGUUCGGAUCCUAUAAAAGGCUAAAGAUAUGUAAUUUAUGCUUAUUUUUUUGGUAAACAAUGAUGAUGCAAAAAUGUUGCUCACCGGUCACACCCUAAGUCUUACAUGCCCAUUUCAGCCAACUGUUUCGCUGUAGUUGUGUACAAUAGACUGGUAUAAUUCCAUAUAUUUCUUUGUUUUUUUCAACUGCUCCAUAGAAAUUUCUUUUUCCUUUGUAGUUUUUCAAGAAUAUUAUUAUAAAUAGUAUCUUAACAGUUGUUAGUGUUA